UGCUGGCCCCCGGUUCCCCACAUGUGUCGGUGCGGGGCAGCAGCCGGGCCGCCACCGUGCCCACCCGGCCCGGGGGUGCGGGGAUGGGGCGGCAAGAGCCGGGCUGUUGGCCCUCCUUUGGGAGAAGCGAGAAGCGCGUCGGGAGAGCAGGCUCUGAGGAGGGCGCUCGGCUCACAGCUCCUCAACAGGCAGAGGUGUCCCGUCCGCGGGUCGUCAGCUCUUGUAGCACAGCUGUGACUCUGCCCGCAGCCUGCGGGUGCCACGGUCAGUGCUGGGGAAAGGCAUAACAUGGUAGUGGUUUCACCAUGGGAAUGCCUUAUGAGUACAGUGCGAAUAUUAAGGUGCUGGUGUAAAAGAUGAGGCUGAAUGAGAGCCGGACAAGAUCCUUCCAGGCUCCUGUCACCAUCCAUAACUACCCGGGCAGGCAGGUCUAUGUGUUUCCCAAUGGCCGAUCUGAUUCAGAGGAGUCAUCAGAGGAGGAACUCAACGUUAUGGAAUUGCGACCAAGGGGCAAGGAGCAGCAGCGAUGCAGCACCUCUCAGGGCAAAGUCGGAGACGUGGUACUUCUGGAACGGGAGAUUACGGAGGGUGAUAAUCUGAACAAGCUGGCCCUGCAGUAUGGCUGUAAAGUUGCAGAUAUCAAACGUGUCAACAACUUCAUCCGGGAGCAGGACUUGUAUGCUCUGAAGUCCAUCAAGAUCCCAGUGAAGACCCACGGGCUGCUAACGGAGAACGGCGGAGACCUGAGGCCAGUCCCGAGCGCGCCCGCGCAGCCCGGCCUGACACGUGUGGACUUAGCGGAGCCCGACGAGGGUGUGAGCAGCAGUGCUGAGAGCAGACACCUCAGCGACUACUUCAAGGGGAUUGACAAGAGCAUUCAGGACGCGGUGCAGGCUGAGGUCCAGCUGAACACCGAGUACUGCCUGGAGGCACUGGAGCGGCCGCUGCCUGAGCCGGGGAAGCAGGAGACCAGCAACGGUGCGGACUGUGGGAUCCAGUGGUGGAAUGCUGUUUUUAUUAUGCUUCUGAUAGGAAUUGUCCUGCCGGUAUUUUAUAUCAUCUAUUUUAAAACACAAGGCCUGGCGGCCCAUACCUCCAACACAACGCUAACCUCAAAUGUUUCAGCAGAUGGAUUGGAAGGGAAAUUGUCACAGAGCUCAGUUGUAGAUAAAAAAUCCUAGAGGGGGGGAGGCAGCUGCCUGCAGCCUCUUGCCCGGCGCUGCAGCAAGUGUGCAGGGACAGACUUGAACACAGUCAGGGGGUAACAACACACAUGAUUUCUAUUUUUUUUUAAGUAGCUGGUGUUGUGAUCCUGAACUUGGCUGGAAGUGCAGCGAUGUGCUGCUUAUGGAAAAAUCAGGAUGCUUUGUUGCUUGUAAGGAUCAUCAGGCAGCUGGCUUAGCAUCCGUGAGCUCUGUUGAGGGGAAGUAUUUUGUAGCAAUCUACUCAUCGUGGUUGCUUCGGGUAUUUCCUAAUGCCUUGUCUAAGCAGCGAGUCCUUUACUGCUGGAUAAAGAGUGCAGUAUUAAUGCUAUUGGAAUGUUGGGGGUUGUUUGCAUCUUAUGAAUGAUAACCCUUUUUGCUUCGAGGAUUAGUGGGGAUUCAACUCUUUCUCUGAACUGUCAGUUUUAGCUCUUUGCAGCCCAUUGUAGCUUUGGUGUACUUGACCCUAAACCGAUGUCCUCCAGCACAUUGCAUGAGGUGUGCGAUGGCACAAGGAUGCCACCAGCACCUCACCUUUCCAUGCCUUUGAGGCCACCUCUGCCCAUCGGUGAAAUCCUUCAGAGGCAUCUCUCGCAGUCCGGUGUGUCACCCAGAGCCAACACAUCUGCAUGACUGCAGAUAGCCAAAGACUAGAGGAGGAGGAGAAGAAGCAGCAGCAGUAGGCCUGGGGUAUGUAGUACAUGCUUCUCAAAGGCUCAGUGUUUCGGGUGAAACUGGCCAGACUGUGCCACUAUUGAUUUUUAAUAAUAGUAAUAAUCCAUAAUGCUGCAUCUCAAACACCCAGUGUCAGUCCUGGGUUUGAGUUUCCUUGGUUGUGAUCUUCAUGUUAGGGAGUGUUGUGAGUUGUGUUUGAUUUACAAGGUCCAGGACCGCAGUCCUGCAUUACCUUAGUGGCAAGAAGUGGCCCAAAUCCUUUACAGGCUGGGAAAUGUGAAGCUGCCGGGUGCUAAAGGUUUGUGUGAGCUGCUGACAUUGGUGUUCACAAGCUUUGGAAUUCAUAGGAAAGCCCAAUGAAGCUGCAGAGGUUCAUGGAGGCCCAAGGUCAGUGCUGUUUAGGACAGGUCAGUAAACAGUACAUGCCAGAGAGGAGCAGAAGAGGAGCCUUUGGGGAGCUUUGCCUCAGAAAGUGAAGUCAGCAAAUUCAGGACCUGCGGGCGCAGGUAAACACUCUCCUAGAACCAGACAUGAAGGUGCUUUGCAGCACAGAGCAUGCGACACCUGCACAGGGUUGAUGUGAGGGUUCAGCAGGGUUCCAGCACCUCUUUGGGCUGCUCUGCAGCCUGCAGGGAAGUGCAGGGUCCUUCCCACCACCCCGGGCUGCGCUGUGCAGAGCUGAGCCCUGCUGGGCUGGGGUUGGGGGCAAGGCAGCGCUGCCCUGGCACGCGUGAGGGGCUGCUUUAGUCAUGGGGUGGUUUUUGCUGGUUAGAGUGGUGUGAGCAAGGGUGAAGCUGGGUGAGGGCUGAGGUACAAGCACCUGUUGUACCGAUGGGCUUUUCCUGGCCCUGCAGGCAUCUGCAGGUGUGUGGGGAUGGGAGUGAGGCAAAGCAGCACCGUGUGCUGUUGUAGCCAAAACCUGUGUUUGUUUCCUGCAGCCCUUCCAUAAAGGUGCUCAGGAAAGCCUGAGGGAACCUAAUUUUGUAAUAGAGGACUCUAAAGUAUCUUAUACUGUAGUACAACUUGUAUUUUUCUUCUGUGAAGGAACUGUAUCUCUGUUUGAGGGGGGAAUUAUGAUGUUUCCAAAUAAAGCACAAGGGGCACCCCA